UUCAUCUGAAUGAACACUUGUAAUAAGGAGUUCAUCCAUCUGUUUUACAGGUUUUUCUUAUUUGUUUUUGCUGAUGAUAUCUGAUUCAAGUUUAACACUAUAAACAUGUUUGACUCCCUUCCUUUUGUACUUUCUUUUCCGCUGUGCAUUGAAGACCCUGAAACCACCUUCUCAAAGUUCUUCUGGAGUUGAGAAACAGCAAGAGUGUGGCUCUACAGAAAAUGUGAAAUAUACAAAAUGAAAAUGCAUUCACUGUGGGUCCUGAUCAUUCUCUGCCUGCUCUGUCCAACCAUGAUUUGCGGAGGGAAAAUUCUUGUUGUCCCCUUGGACGGGAGCCACUGGGUGAACAUGAAGGUCAUUGUUGAGGCACUGCAUUCAAGGGGUCACCAGAUUUCUGUUGUGCGAUACCUAGACAGCUGGUACAUCAAGGAAACCUCCCCUUUUUAUGAUUCUAUUACACUCGAAAUGGAUUGUGGAUUUGAUGAAGAUUUUAUCACGGCUUUUGCAUCUAAGCUGCUGGAGAUUCAGAGGGAGGGGAGGUCUGCCUGGGCACGUUUUAAACUGGAAAUGGAACAAACAAGCAUAGCCUCUGAGAUGCAUGUGCACACAUCCAAAAUGAUUGAGCGGCUUUUUGAAAACAAAAAACAGAUACAGUCACUACAGGAGGCCAAAUAUGACCUUGUCCUUACAGAUCCUGUUCUUCCAGUAGGUGUUAUAAUCGCACACUACCUGAGGUUGCCGAUUGUGUUUAAUGUUAGGUGGACAAGUCACGGUGAAGGCCAUUUUGCAAUCGCCCCUUCUCCUCUUUCAUAUGUACCACUUCCAGGAAUUGGGUUUUCAGAUAAGAUGAGCUUUCUUGAGAGAGUUCUUAACGUUAUAGUUUUUGGCCUUGCGGAAAUUCAUACUACACACAAUGUCUUACCACAUUAUGAUGGCAUAAUCAAGAAAUAUUUAGGUCCAGAGCUAGAUUACCUCUCCCUGUUUCAAGCUGCAGACCUGUGGCUCAUGAGAGUGGACUUUGUCUUUGAGUUCCCUCGUCCCACCAUGCCUAAUGUCGUCUACAUGGGAGGGUUUCAGUGUAAACCUGCAAAACCACUUCCUGAAGACCUGGAGGAGUUUGUGCAGAGUUCUGGAGAGCAUGGAGUCAUUAUUAUGUCUCUGGGGACACUUAUUGCAAAGCUUCCCCAUGACCUAGCUGACGCUAUCGCCUCAGCUUUUGCGAGAGUACCUCAGAAAGUCAUCUGGAGACAUAAAGGCGACAAACCAGCCACUCUGGGCAACAACACUUUACUUGUUGACUGGAUGCCACAGAAUGAUCUUUUGGGCCAUCCAAAAAUUAAACUAUUUGUGGCUCAUGGAGGAACAAAUGGAGUUUAUGAAGCUAUGUACCAUGGAGUUCCCAUCUUAGGUGUCCCAUUGAUUUUUGAUCAGCAUGAUAAUCUGUUCAAAAUUGAAUCAAGAGGAGCAGGGAAAGUGAUAGAUAUCUUUACUAUGAAUGAAGAUAUCUUCUAUCAAGGAAUUCAGGAAGUCCUGAAUGAGCCCUCAUACAGGAUGAACAUGCAGAGACUCUCCAGGCUGCACAGAGAUACUCCCAUAAAGCCUCUGGAUAGCGCCCUCUUCUGGAUAGAGUUUGUCAUGAGACACAAAGGUGCAGCUCAUCUGAGAACAGAGUCCUACAAGCUACCCUGGUAUUCCUACUACUCUGUUGAUGUGAUAUCUUUUCUACUAACAGUCACACUGCUAAUGUUGUUGUGUUUUACUGUGUUAAUAUGGUCAUGCUACAAAACCUGUCUAAAAAGGAAAGUUAAAUCUACCUCAAAGGGAAAGACAGAAUGAUGCUUUCAUAGUUACUGUAUAUAUACAUUGUUUUACUUUGGUCAGUCUCACUUACACUAAAUGUGAUAUUUUGUUUACUAAAAUGUGUAACAAUAAUACAAAAAAGUAAUCAAUGACACUGUUUUCAUGGACUUUUGUUUUAACUGUUACUUUAA